UGAUUGUUGCAUUUUCUUAUUUUCUUUCUUUUUUCCCUGCAGCUUGCGUGCUUUUUGUUGCAUUAAUGUUAGACGUGUCGUGAACGUGAUGAAUUUUUCAGCUCAUUGAUACGAUUGUGUUUUUUAUAGAUAUAAAUUAAGAUAUUAUCUAUCUCAAAAAAGAAUAAAUUAAGAUUUAUAUUAUUGAACAGAUGAUUCUAGUCCUUAAAGGCUGACUUUUUGUUACUGUAACAUGCCUACACUCUAAUAUUGGUUUUCGAAUUUCAUUUCAUUUUUUGAUCUGUUGAGUGUUGGUAUAUCUGGUUAUCUGAUUUUGAGAAGUUGUGUUAGACCUAAAUCACAUGUUAUAGCUACACAGAACAAGACAUCUAGUAGUCUUGAUUUCCUGGCUAUUAAGAUGCUUAUUUCUUUGACUUUCGUGAUAUGCUUUGAGAAGCUAACUUUGAAACACUCGGCCUGAGUAACUGAGCCUAAUAGGUUUCUUUGACUAACAAUGAUUUGAUUGCUAUAUGCUUUUCGAUAUCUUUUUUGUUUUCUCUUCCUCUUGCUUACUAUUUUGCCAGAAGUUUUGAAGGACUUAUAAAUUGUGCUAUUUAAUGAAAGUUCAUAUAAUCUGUUUGGACAUGAGCAUUGAAGGAAACGAUUUCUUUGUAUUUUGGAAGGUUUUAAUAUUUGUGCAGCUUCAAGUGAACCAUUGUGCCUUUGAUGGACAGAGACGCCAAUGGUCAACUCUAUCCCUAGUGAAAUAUAUCCUCCUGUUUUAGUUUAUUAUUUAGUAAAAGUGUAAUGGAAUGAUAGUUUUCUACAGGUUAAUAUUGGGACUUUUAGUGCAUAUAGAGUAUUUGGGUUCUCUAAGGACACAUCUUUUUGGGCUUUGCAAUACAAAUUUUGUAUACAAUGUUGCAGCCCACUUUCAUGCAUUCAACCCAUUACCUAUCAAAAUAUAUUUUGGAUCAAAAGACUUUUCUGAUCCCAUCAUGGUGGUUAAGAUCACUCGUAAUGCAAAAUCACCAUACCUAGGGCGAUUGGGGCUUAGAAUGGCUUGUCUACCUUCUGAUUUUUUUUAAUCAGAUGUAGGAUGAGAGAUAGAGAGUCGUAGUAAUUCCUCCUUGUCUUCCCUAAUCUUCUGAAAGAACAUGCAUCAACUGGGUAUUUGAUGCUCUCGUGGAGCCCCAAUUAUUUCAAUUUUUACGAAGCUGAUCGUUUAAUUUUCCAUUGUAUGUUCUCUGACGUAGUUGUUAUUAGUGAAAGUUGAUAAGUGACUGUGCACACAGGUGCAAAUUGCGGCAUAGGUUGUUUCUAUUAAAAGUUUUUAAGAAAAUCAUGGCAUAGGCAGUUGUUUAUAUAGGGAACUGCACAAUGGGCAUAAUGCAUUUACUAUUUUCUUUUGUUACAUCUUUCACAGUAUGUUGCCACUUUGCGGGAACUACUGGAGCAGUUGACUGAAGAGAGAAAUCCUGAUGGAUUACCAAGCCCGAUGUGCACACACCCGAGGAACCUGUGGCUGAGACUUCCAGCAGUGGAACUCCUAAAGCUGAAGAAAGUGUGAAUUCUACUUCUGAAGGAUUGAGAUGAAGAUUUGGGUACCUGCAUGGGUCUCUUGUCAUUUAUAGCCAUUACAAUAUGCCAUUUUAUCAUUAUCUCUCUUGAACAUUGUUCUUUGAGCGAAACAGGGUCCAUUCACACAGUGACGAGAGAUCUCUAGAUACCGUUGAUUCUGAUCAAUCAUAUCAGCGGCAGUCAAACGGGAUGAUACUGCACGAACACAUAUUGAGAAGCACAGACAUCUUGGACUUCGAGGAAUCCCGGCAAAAGAUUUUGGGCAUGUCCUUAUAUGGGGGUCCAAGAUCUUGCAACUUUUGGUGUUGGAGGGAUAGAGAAGAUAUUGAUCCGAGGUCCAAAUAUGUGAUUCCAAAACUAAUAGAGAAAUUAGGUGAGCUUGAGAAUUUAGUUAAGUCUUGUCAAUAUAUUGACAAUCAUGCAUCAAUUAAUGAAGUUGAAAAAGUUGACUUGAAUAAAUUUGUUGAGGAAACUUCUCAUGAAGUAGACAAGCCUAAAGAAUCCAAAGAUGAUAAUUGCGUUGAUAUGAAAUUGGAGAAGUUGGAAGAAGAGGUUGAGAAGAUCAAAGAAAG